AUGGAAGAACCCGUGAUCUACGACGAGAACCAGAUUGACGACAACCGGGUGGUCAAGGAUCUGAUUGCCGGCACCUGUGGAGGAGUGGCGCAGGUGCUUUCGGGCCAGCCGUUUGAUACCACAAAGGUGCGUCUUCAGAGUGCUCCUGAGGGCCGAUACUCGGGAGCCAUGGACGUGGUGAAGCAGAUCAUGAAGAACGAGGGCUUCAAGGGCUUCUACAAGGGCACUUUGACCCCCUUGAUUGGUGUGGGGGCCUGUGUUUCGAUCCAGUUCUCGGUCAACGAGUACAUGAAGCGAAUGUUUGGUGCUCAGAACAUUUCGCUCGGUCUCAAAGACACCCGGCUCAGCUCGUGGCAGUUUUACCAGUGUGGAGCUGCGGCCGGUUUUGCCAACGGUUUCCUGGCAUCGCCCAUUGAACAGAUCCGUAUCCGUCUGCAGGUCCAGACGGCCGACAACAAGCUGUUCAACGGACCCAUUGAUUGCAUCAAGAAGAUGUACGGCGCCGGAGGCAUCCAGGGCAUCUACCGAGGCAUCAUGCCCACUCUUGUGCGAGAGUCUCACGGUAUGGGCAUGUACUUUCUGACCUUCGAGGCUCUGGUGAAGCGAGAAAUGGCCCUCAAGGACUGCCAGCGAAAAGACAUCCCCGGCUGGAAGCUGUGCAUGUACGGAGCCGGCGCUGGCUACGGAAUGUGGACCACUGCUUACCCCAUCGACGUGAUCAAGUCCAAGAUGCAGACCGACUCCAUUUUCCCGGCCGAGCGAAAGUACAAAAACUCGUUUGACUGCGCCAAGCAGAUUCUGCGAGACCAGGGCGUCAAGGGCUUCUUCCGGGGCUUUGGACCCACCAUGCUGCGAGCCGCCCCCGUCAACGCUUGCACCUUCUACGCCUUUGAGCUUGCCUGCAGAGCCAUGGGUUAG